GUUCCGUGAUUAAUGUCCAGUCUUUACAUUUUGACUCGCCGCCGCAUCACAUACUAGCUAUCAACUCACCCUUUCGGUCGAUUAGGCGCUACGCAGCCUGACUGCCUUCGUCGCGCUCCUCACCACGACAUACAUUCGAUGCAGUACUAGUAGUGCGGCACCAUUCUUGAGUCGACUGAAAAACACUCUUUCCGUAUCAUCUCGCUUUCCUUCCCUUUGCUUCACGCGCCUCUAUGCGCCAUCGUUUUACCUUUUCUGUCGCCGUGAGUCACGCGUCUGCUCUUCGCGAGUCGCUCCGCAUUCCAGCCGCCGCGGCGCAGCCGCUAAUAGCGCCGAUGACCGUGGAUGCCGUACAGUUUCUCGGAGAUGAUUGUACCGCGUGUGCUCGAUAGAUCAACGCACUACGUAGCGUAGUCUAGUCUCCGUGCACUACAAUUCCGAGCUACUAACCUCGAAGAAAAGGCUCUACUUAUAGACGGAUAUAAGAACAUUCUUUAGUAUGGCCCGUUUGAACAUCAGCAGAACAUCUGGUAGCAUCGGAAAAAGCGGAAGCAGCGGAAAGCCUCUAUGGCUGCUACUCCAGCUCAUCCUUUCUCUGCUCUCGGGGAAGCCGCCUGAAGACACGCCGCCUCCGUCGCCGCCGCCGCCGGACACGCCGCCGCCGCCGUCGGGGACAAAUCUGAUCCUUUUGCCGAAUAAUGCGCUCGGCGCGAAAUGCCUCGAUGGGAGUGCCCCCGGGUACUACUUCCGCGCGGGGCGGGGCGCGGGGCGGCUGAACUGGCACAUAUUCCUGCCGCCGGGGGCGUGGUGCUUCAGCACGGGGGAGUGCGCGGAGCGCGCGGGGACCUACCUGGGCUCUACUCGCGCGUAUCCCGCUGACGGCACCACUAAGAGCAAGGCUAUCAGCCCGCCCUUUGGCGGCAUACUAAGCGGCGACGACUCUGCCAAUCCAGCCUUUUACAACUGGAACCUCGUUAGAGUCAUCUACUGUGACGGAGGGGGGUUCCUGGGCACCAGGGGGCGGGUGGCUUCUAACGGGGAUGUGGUGUACAUGGACGGGUGGAACAUCAUUCAGGCGAUUCUCAAAGACCUCCAAGCCAACCGGGGCAUUCGGUCCGCGUCUCGUCUGCUCAUCUCGGGCAGCUCAGCGGGCGGGCAGGCCGUGGUGCAUCUGUGCGACACCAUAGCUGCUGCAGUGCCCUCUGCGGAUGCCCGAUGCGUCAGCGACUCGGGGUUCUUUGUCGACGCAGAGGACCGCAGUGGCAGCUUCUACUUCCGCUCGCUUGCACAGAAACUGGUGGCGCUACACCAGCCCAACUAUGCCGAGUGUGCUCAAGCCUAUUCCUCCACGUACCGGUGGCGGUGCUUCUUUCCCCAGUACACUGUCUCGCGCACGGUCUCCACUCCUCUCUUCAUUUUCAACACGCUCUUCGACAACAUUGCCACCACCAUUGGAAAGCAGCUUCCAAGCGAUACAGCAUACGUGAGGCAGUGCUUGGGGGAAAUUCUAAACAGAUCAGGAAAUAUUACCAAUAUAGUACGCACCAGAUCAUGGGGAAGUCUACAGUGGAGCACGGAUUACUGUACACGCGCGGAGAGGGAGGCGGUUUUCGAAAGCGCGUCGGCAGUUUAUAAAGAGGCGAUCGCGUUUGCUGACACAAAGAGAUCCGCGAGAGUGUUUCUGCCCGCUUCGCUGGUUCACUGCGCGAUCUUCGGGGCGUCGAACUGGAAUAAAGGGAUGAUUGGCGGGGUGUCUUUUAACGAGGCACUCCAAGACUGGAUGGGUGCAUAAAGAGGAUUUUACACAAGAAAGGCCAUU